AUGAAGGGUGCUCUUCUCUGCAGUUUGCUGGCCAGCACGGCUACAGCCCAUAUGCAAAUGAUGAAGCCCUACCCCAUUCGCAGUCCAUUGAACAAGGAUUCACAAGGCCAAAAGGACUACUCAUAUACCAAUCCGUUGCAGACCUCGGGCGCAGAUUAUCCUUGCAAGGGUUACGCCAAUGAUAAAUUCGAGUCGCAGGCCAGCUACUCGCAAGGUCAAACCUACACCAUGGAGCUAGACGGAAGCGCUACCCACUCUGGGGGUUCCUGCCAACUCGCUCUCACCUACGACCAAGGCAAGUCCUUCAAGGUCAUCGAGUCCAUGCUGGGUGACUGCCCGAUCGCCAAGAAGUACGACUUCCAGAUUCCAUCUGAUGCGCCUAAUGGUGAAGCUCUUCUCGCCUGGACCUGGUUCAACAAGGUCGGCAACCGUGAGAUGUACAUGAACUGCGCCAUGGUUACCAUUGGUGGUGCGUCAAGUGGCAGCCAGACCGACGCCGAGACCCAGGGUACUAGGAAGAUACACAGCCCAGCCAUGAUCGAGAACAAGAUCGUGUCUCACCCGCCGAAGAUUAUGGACGUUCACCACGGCCAGAUGGAAAGUCAGCGCGGAUCCGGCUUUAGCAAGGCAGCCAGCUUUGACAGUCUCCCUGACCUGUUCGUUGCCAACGUCAACCAGGAGGGACAGUGUGUGACUAUUGAGGGCGAAGCUGUUGACUUCCCCAAGCCCGGCGACAACGUCCUUGGUAAGAUUGAUGGCACUGGCAAGGGUUACAAGUGUUCUGGCUCUGCUCCUUUCCUCGGCAGUGCCAGCAGCGACUCAGCCUCCAAGGAUACCACCAACUCGAAGCAAGACAAGACAAACAAGGCCACUACCCUGACUGCGACCAGCACCACCAAGGACACUACCCUGGCUACCCGCAGCACCACCAAGGAUACAAAGUUGACUACGACCAGCAUCAACAAGGCCACCACCCUGGCUACGACCAGCACCACCAAGGACACUACCCUGGCUACCCGCAGCACCCCCCAGUCCAUGUCCAAGGUUGCCGAGGCUCUCGGUACCUCAGCUGCCGCUGAUCCCCGUGUCCUACCCACUGACGGAGCGUCCACCAACAACGCUUUCUCCAGCUACGUUGGUACCUAUAAAUGCUCCUCCGGCGAGAUCAUCUGCUCUCCUGACGGCUUGAGCUGGGCCAUGUGUGCCAACGGUGCCCCCGUUUUCAUGGGCUCGGUCGCUGCUGGUAUGAGCUGCCGCUUGGGCGCCAUGGUUGCCGCUCCCUGGUAA